CACAUCCGGGACAUUCGGAUGUCAUAACAUUGUAUCCUACAACGGACUGAUGCAUUGUUUGCCUCUCGUGUAGCUCUAACGGCAAUGAUACACGUCGUUUCGGCACUGCAAGACACGACAUGGACAGACGACAGCCGGUCGCUUCGCCUAACCCUCAAGACAAGCGCGAUCUCGAACGUUACGUGAAAUUUUUCACUCAAAAGGCCGUUCAACUCGUUGUACAGUCGAGAAAGGGAGGAAAACAGAGAACGACGUCGAAACCGAACUCAACAGGAGAAGACUGGUUCAAUAUCGUCGUGGUUGACGAUACGAAGUUGAAUGUGGAGACAAAGGAUUUUUUGCUGCGAUGCCCAUUGGCCGUUGGGACUCAGCCGUUGUGUGUUGAGAUAUCUCUACAGACGGGCGAGAGGCAGUCACUGGUGCUUGAAAACUGGACAAUAAUUCUUAGGAAACGAUCCGAGCGCAACGUUGGCCAUCCGUCGGUUGUGUACAGUCGAUUGGGGCUGCUGCUCAGAUCCAUUCUGUCCGUGUCUCGGACAUUGCCUGCAUACAGAAUGGCAAGGAAACAGAUGGAUGGAAUGACAUUAGCAUAUAGGUUGCACUCUGAGACAUCAGGGAGAGCAUCAUUGGGAGAAGGAUAUCGUAGUUUGUCUUUGGGAGCUGUUUCAAGUGUUAUUGGAUCUCUUUCGGUGGUGAUUGACUACAGAACGAGUAUGGUGUUGUCGAGCAGUUCUGUAAGGUCUAAUGCUACACACAACCCUACAACAUCUGUACCAGAAUCACCUGCACUGCCUCAACACGACCCCGAAGUUUGGAGAAAUACAGGACCAGAACGUCAUGUUAGACAGCCAGUUGGAGAAGACAAGGUUGAUGGUGGGAGACACAGAGUGUCGCUGGGAAAGCUGCUGCAGCCAUGGCAAGCAACAUCAGGAAAUGUUGUACGGCAAGAUUCUAAUUCAAGUCAAUAUGAGGACAUCCCAUUCAGUGCAUUGCUCACUCAUGCAGCUCAACUACAAGAAACGAGUACAAACAACGACACCAUCGACCACCACGUAUGCAUACAAUCCAAUAAACUUUUCAACUCAUGCAUUCAGUCCCACAUGCUGUUUCAUCAUCAGCUGUCCAGACAACCUUCAGUGGAUGAACCUAACACAACCCAGUCAACUCCCAUGACAACAUCGGCUGACGACUUCGUUGUCGUUCAUCUAGCACAAAUUGCGACACCGUUUGCAUCUGCAACGUCAAGUAGUGUAUUGGAACUGUACAGACAUUGUCAAGCGGUCAGCCAGUUGCCAGUUUUUCAGGAAAAGAAAGCACGGCAGAUAGGAAAGGUGACUUUGCUAGCCGACUUGGCAAAGAUGGAAGAAGAAAGUGAUGAGCUGGAUCAUUUCUUAGACAUUCUGUAAACGUGUUCAUUGUUGUCAAAAAGAAUCUGUAAGGAUGUAUGUACAUGACUGUAAUUAGCGUCAAUGAGUAUGAAGUUUCUUAUAAAAGUGUAUCGUAGUUGUGCAGCACUUUGAAUGCCACACUUAUUUUCGUAUUUUUGAACUUGUACGUACACACAUUGUUGUGAAACAGAAACGUUAAGUGAUAUAAAAAAAAAGUUAGAAAAACAGAACAAGCCGGGAUGUCUCAGCUAAUUGAAUUGGGUGUUGUGUGCAUUGAUGUGUUAUUGUGAGUUAUUGGUAUGAUAUGACGUCAUUGGUAUGGUACUAUGACUUCAUUAUUGAUAUGAUAUUGUGUCAUUAUUGGUAUGAUAUUAUGAUGUCAUAUACGUUGGCAUGUCAACAGCAGCUUGAAAGUCAUCGUGAUUGGUAUGAGACUUGAAGCUGUUUGGUUAAUGAUUUUGUGGCUGAUUGACGUGUUUAGUUGUGAUGUGGAAUGGUAGUUAUACGAAUAGCAGGACAAGUGUUCUCGAAGAGAGGAAAGAGGGGGUGUCGUUAGGGAGCAAGCGUGUGAGUGGAAAUGCUGGAUGUUGUGAUUUGGGGUUUAAACGGAAGAAGCGGGUGAGAAAGAACAAAUCGGCUUAUGACUCGAAAAAGGCCAACUACAAUAUCGUAGCAAACAGCAGCAAAGAGUCUAUUGAAUCAAGAAAAGAAGACCUUGUCCUGCCACAACCCUCAUCAGUAAAGCAUGCAACUCAAUCAGAACAAAAUGAAACACCAAAAGACGAAAGCCGUUCAAGCAAGACGACCAUACAAGGCAGACCAGAUCAAGUAUCAAGAGACAGUAUAACUGAGCAGAGGAAAAUGAGAAGGAGCAAUGAAUUAGACUGUGACAAGCCUAUCAACUGUGAUAAUGAACACGAUCGUGUGAAUGCAAGGGAAAGGAGAGAGAGGGAGCAAGUUGAUAUUGAUGAGCUAAUUGACAUGAUUGAUGAUCUGAAACAGAAGGGAGAAGAGAAAGUUAAAGUGCCUGUCGUCUCUUGUCGUCCUAGUAAUGUGCCUCAUGUCACAACUGGAAGUCGAAUGAGCAACGUUAAGACCAACCACAAAAGGAUUAGAAAGCUCAUGGCGGAGACUGAACUAGACAUUGACAAAAUGAUACAAGACAUCAACGAGUUGGCAGAAGAAGCAAAACAAAACAAUCGACUUUGAUGUCAGUCAAGUCACCCAAUCCCAACAGACGUCCCUUCUGUAAAAUACCGUAUAUCAACAGCACUAAGUAAGAGACAACAAAUGCAAACAAAAUUAUUACAAUCAAUUGCAGUCGUUGUCCACAUACAGUAUGUAUGAAUACAUACAGAGUACGUGUAGGUAUGUAUGACAAGUGCACAUUGACAACUGAGAUUUCAUUCU